AUGUCUCGACAACGCCCCCGUCUUAGAAACGGGGUCGACCUGCAGCUGCAAUCCGCAUUUCAAGAUGGCAAUUGGGCGGUGGUCGUGCGACUUGCCCAGCAGCGGGCCAGGACUCUCAACGAUCAGUACUUCGAAAUCGUGAGGGUAUGCGCCGAGAGCCAGCUCGACGACCCCAAUGCCAAGUUUUCCGCCGUGGCCGCCGUGAACAAGUUUGUCGAGGAUGGCACUGUCGUCAAGGGCGUCGACGCCAUAGACUUGCUGGAAUGGGCGUCGGUAGACUUGAUGCCCGAAGACGCAUUCUCUCGGACCCUGGGCCCCCUGAGAGUGAGGGCAGUCAAGGCUUCGCCCAAGGACAAAAUCGCCGCCACUAGAUGUUUGCAGUCGUGCUUGCUCCAUUGGGACUUGGUGAGCGCGCAGCAGAUUGCCGCCAUAGUUGACAGGUCCUUUUCUCAGGAUAGAGACUUUUUGUUCUGGAGCAUUAUAAUAACUCACAUGUUGGCGGAAAGCAGUCAAUGUCCGCCCGAGAAGAAGAAGCUAUACGGAAUGCUGGCGCUGAAGCAAGUCGAACGCGCUGCCCAGCUUACUGAGCAGGCCCAUGUGUCAAAUCCCGAAGGCGGCGCGCCGGCUCGAGGAGUCAAAACUGAAGAGGAGAUCCUCCUGCUCUACAAAGUCGUUGAAACUCAUGGCAGUCCCGAAGACUUGGAGAAACUAGUUGCCAGCCCUGUUUUCUCGCCGGCAGUGCAGCUGCGCCUCGGUAGAAGGGAGCUCUUCCUACGGGUUUCACAGAGAUACAGGAAACAGCAUAGCUGGGAGCAGUUGUGCAACCUGUGCCAUGACUGCCUCUCUGAUAACAAUGAUGCCGAUGAACCAUCUCUACGAGCUUGCGACUGGUCGGUUUGGAAGCAGUACAUUGAGGCUGCUGCUCAACUAAAGAGCUGCAACCCAGACAUCGUCUCAAAACUGCAGCGUUUGUUGCUCAAGCUUGCCGCGGCGAAGAGCUUGAAGCCCAUCUACAAGAGAAAUAUACAUCUCGCCAGAGUCGCCGCGGCCUUUCUGCUUGUAACCAACGAUGAAGAUGACGUGAUUGAUGGCCGGCCAGCAUCGCUGCGGCUACAAGAACUGCUUCAUUAUGUUGAUUACCACAAGUUGAGCGCUGCCUGCUUCGAGGACGUCAAGGAGUUCCUGGAGCUUUUGGACGCCGAGGGAUUGAAGCACGUUGCGUACGUAUAUACGGCGAACUUGGCGGAAGAAGCCGAAAGCCCUCUAGGGUCGGCUAGGAUCAAGGUGCUCUCUCUGAAACUGCAGUUGUUCCUGACCACGUGUUCCACGGCACGGACGCCGGUGGCGGGAAAAGAUGCAGCCUCGCGGUGUCUCACCUGCGGCGCCAAAUUUGAGGCGGAAUCAUGCAUAGCGUGCCUAGCAACCACGUCGUCUGCCGCUCUCAAAACUUACGUUUCCGCGGGCAAGGAGUUUGCCGAUAACGGAGCAAUACAGAACGAGAUACUACCCGAGCUGGCCAUGAUAGUUGCUCUCUGCAGCGCCAAGUCAGCUUUCCCCGGCCGGCCCGGAUAUGCCGCCGCCACUCCGGCCAAGUCGCAGCACCUCUUGCGAGCGCUUCUCAUGCUCGAACACCAGGUCUUUCUCACUCCUAAACAUGGCCAAACAUGCCUCCUCCUGGUCCAACUCCACCUUCUCGUCGGAUCCGCCCACAGAUGCCGCGAAAUCUGGCACGAGCUGUCCGUCAAGCGAGCCAUUGUGGACUCACUUGCGCCAAUCUUUUACGACCGGCUGUCGACAAUAUCGCCCGUCAUUCUGGACUCGUCGGACAACUGGGGCUGGGAGUUGGUGGAAACCCUACGAUCACAUUACGCCAGCAAUCUCCGAUUAAAGAUGCCACGACGCUUGAUUGAUGCUUUCGAAGCAGGGAGUUACGCGAGCAUCAUCGACAUGUCCGAGUUCAUCCAAAACCUGAGGUCCGGAUGCACCAGGGUCAUGAGUCUUGUGGAAGAAGCAAGGGCCGACAGGCUGCUCGGCGAACCGUCUGGCGAAUUUCUAAACGACGCCCGAUACUACGAGAUAUCUGAUGACUUGGUGCUCCGAAACGUCGUCGACUACGGUUCAUUUCCGAUGUGGGAUUGCAGCCAAUCGCAGCCCUUGCAUGAAAGACUCCGUCUCGGACCGGGGCUUACGAAUACUCGGUCUCACCUGUCCCUGCUUGCCGAAGCGUUCCAAGAUAUUCUGUCGUAUAGACCGCCUACGGUGUAUAAAGCUACUGCUGCCGUCAUGGGCAUCGAUUACACUUUUGUCACGGAAAUGAUGGGCCGGAUAAGCAAUUCCAUGGCAAAGUUCCUGCGCGACGCACCGAGGCAGUGCACGGCAAGCGAGAUUCUCUACUACGAAGCUGUUCAUCUACUGGCUACCCUGAUUCCAUUAUCACUCGGCAUCAACCGAUCGUCGCCAACACCGUCGGUUUUGGGUCAAGUUGUCGAGGCCGUAAAGGCUUCCAUGACCAGCCAACUCGGCGACCUGCCUGUGUUGGACGGCACCAUUCAGCAGAGUGUCUCCGGCUUGCGAUCCUUUCACAACGUCACCAUGCUCCGUGAUACAGCCAUGGCAUCCAGCCUUGCCGCUACUUGGAUACUGUCCUUUAACGAGCGAGAAAGGGAGCGCGACCGCUCGGGAAGCAGCAACCUCCCCAAGGAGGUCAUCACACAGAUCAAGAGCCUGCAAGGCGCCGCCGAAGCUGCUUUACAGCAAGGGAAGGCGUUUAUCGCAAGACUGAAGAGCGUCGUUGAUGCGGGGAGUCAAUUCGGCUUAGAUUUGCGAGCGUGGGUGUUUGAGGGUGACGGCCAGGAACUGAGCGGCUUGAUUGAGGAUGGGACGGUCAAGGAACUGGUAGAGAGCUGGAGGCAGAAUAUCGCGGGAUGGGGCCAGGUGAAGUGGGAGCGGUAG